UUGGUAACGGUACCGGAUCCAAUUGCAUGCUACAAUUUGCAACCCCCCGCCACAGCUCUCGCCACCUUCAUCGCCAUCCUCGCGCGUCAAUUUACCGUUGCGCUGACCCGCGUCCGAUCCGUAGACGUGAUGGCAGCUGCUGUCGCGUCCCUGCCGUCUUUUUUUGAUGCAUCAUCUAGAGAGAUUCCUAGCGAUAAGCUGGCCCAAAUGCCCUCAGAGCCUUCAAACCCUGGACCCUCCAUUGGAAAUGGCAUCUCAAACCUAUCCGGAAGCCUUCAGAAAAACCUUAUAAGUGCUUUGAUUGCAACCCCUAUUGCUUUUAGGGAAGCAGAGGAUGCGAAUCCAACCAUCCAACCCACGGCUAACAUGAUCCUACUUGACGAUACCAAGCUCUCUGAGAGUUCUUCAGAGCCCCAUUUUAAGGAUGCUUUGACGCCUGGCGCUGGGCGGCUUAAUGCUCAAAAUCCUCUGGCCCCUGUUAUACAUUCUGUUUCGGGUGGGUCGAACGCACCCGAAGCACCAAAAUCCCUUUAUCCCAUCGAAAUCCCCAAUGAAUGGGUCCAUAGAACGAGGAACGUUGGCGUUGGCCUCAAUAAUGUCGGCAAUACUUGCUUCUUGAAUUCUGUGUUACAAUGCCUUCUGCAUACGCCUGCUCUGAUAUGGGUAGCUAGCAAGCACACCUCUAGUCAACGUUGUCCAGCAAGUGUGGGCACAUUUUGCAUGACAUGUAAAUUCAAAGAUCUGGCUACGAAGACGAUAACCGCCAAUGUGGGACCAUCUUCAUACACACCGAUUCCUGUACUGCAGAACCUAAAAAGCAUCGCCAAAAGUCUUCGGCAUGGGAGACAAGAAGAUGCCCACGAAUUUCUACGCUACACCGUAGAUGCGUUCCAGAGAAGUGCUCUUCAUGGAACGGACCCAAAGUUACCGCAUGGUAUAAAGGAAACUACCUGGGUACAUCAGAUCUUCGGAGGUCGCUUGCGGUCACGAGUGACCUGUCGUUCAUGCAGCCACCCUUCAGAUACUUUUGACUCUCUGCUCGACCUCAGUAUUGACGUCGCAAGGCGGCCCUCUAUUCGUGCUGCCCUGGACUCAUUCGUUGCCAUUGAUGUAUUGGCUGGCGCGGACAAGUAUAAGUGCGAGAAAUGCAAGAAACCUGUCGAGGCGGAGAAGCAGUUCACCAUCCAUGAUGCCCCCCAAAUCCUUACAAUACACCUAAAGCGGUUUACUCCACUAGGAAGAAAAGUGUCACAUUCUGUUAGAUACGAAGAGCACCUCUCACUUCACAAGUAUAUGAGUGCGGGUCAGUUUGGACCCCGAUAUUCCUUGUAUGCCGUCAUCUCUCACUUUGGUUCUGGGCCCAAUUCGGGUCAUUAUCUCGCUCAUGUGAAGGGUAAGAAUGGCCGUUGGUACGAAAUGAACGAUGAUUCUGUGGAACAGUGCUCCCGCAUUCCCCUCGAUCUCAAAAAUGCCUAUGUAUUAUUCUACGCGCAGGACGCCGGUCAGGCUUUGGAGGCCGCCAUAUCUGCCUCAGGCCUUGCCGCUCCAGCGGAGAUCCUUCCCAGAAAAUCCGUGCAGAAUCAAGGGCAGAAAAAGAGAAAAGCAAUGUUUGACGAUGAUGAUGAAGAGGACCUUGGGACGAAGGUCUCUCCCCCAGAUACCGAAGCGAAGAUAAAGGUAUCACCCACAUUCGAGAAGCCUGAUCUUCUAGGCCAUAAAGCUCCAGAAACCCCCUCCAAGGAUCCAGCAGCUAUAAAGUUAGCUGCUAGGAUUACUGCAGCGACAAAGGGAAAAUCCAUCACGUUAUCGUCAUCGGCGCUUCUGGCUCUAUCUGAGUACACGAACGAUUCUUCGGAGGCAGAAACCAACGACGGUGGUUCGGAGAGAGAUACUCAAGUACCAGGAUUAUCUUUGUCUUCCUCAUCCACACUUGUCAACACCACUUCCACUCCAUCCAUUGAGAAGGAUGAUGAAACGGUACCUCGAAGAUCUGAUCCUGUCUUAGAAUCACCACCAUCUGACAGUAUCGACCCUUCUCCAUCCAAAUCUUUUGAUACCCCAAUUCCGCAGUCUUCGUUCUACGGCGCUCCGCAGAAGAAACGGCGUCAUUCUCAUCUCGAUGAAAACUCAGCCCGUUUCCCUCCGCGGUUCAACCGAUCCAAGAAGCACGACCAUAAACGAAGGCACAAGCACACUCCGUUUUCUCGAGACGCAUUGCGAAGCAAUCUCCAUGAGGAUCGUUCAAAUCAGGACCAGCGAACGAGCAUGGCAAGCCGCAUGAAACCCAAAAUGAACAAGAGAAUCUUAACAUAAUCCUAGUCUCUUUUUUUCGUUUGUGUGUUUGGACGACUUCGGUAGACAUUAUAUUACUCAUUAAAGA